AUGCAUUCAGCUCUGAGUUUCCUGACCGGUGGCCGGCAAUUGAAGGGUCGGCUAUUCCCAUGGUCUAAACCUGCUCCUAAAACAGAUGGCUUCGUCCCCAAGAAGUCUCCAUCCGUUCACCUGUCGCGCCUAUCGAAGCAUGGCAGGGAGAAAUGGGCAUAUCCCGCGAAGCCCACAGAGGACGUGGCUGGCCGAGACCCCGGUGGUCUGUCGUCCAAUUCCAAAGCCUCGUCUGAUGAUGUGAAAGAGCAAAGGCAAGAGCAGGAAGCAACAGGGGAUGGUAACGGCCAACAAGAAACAGCAUUGGGGGACCCUCGUGUGAUCGAUUGCAUAGCAACAUUGCAAAGGCAACAAGACAUCAAUGCACAGGUUCUAGCGCAAGUCUUUGAGUUGAACGCAAUAAGGGCUCCCAUGUUCCAGCAGACGGAGGAUGUGGUCGACUCCUUGAAGGAGCUUCUACAUCAAGUAACUGAUCUCACCAAAUCGGCGGAUUUGCCUGACCAUCUCACUGCACAGCUUGGUGAUAUACAACGCAAAUUUGAUCUGUUCUGUAAAGGUCCAUUUGCCUCUUUCCGGGCAGAUGAGGCCAAAUGUGCUCAUUUGGAAAACGAUAUCAUUCAGUCUCUCUUUCACUCUGGCAGGCGUUUAGAUAGGGUCCUGGACACGAACGCUGACAAACCAGCUGUUUUCCCAGAGUCUGAAACUAUUAUGAGUUUAGCAGACGAGCAAGAGGACUUGGGUGAUGGACCUGCCGAGCGCUCGCCAGAAGAUAUUCAAUACCUGUCGACGAUCGGCGACCGCGACAUGAUACUUGAACUGCUCUCAGAUCUUCGGGGAGAGCAGAGACAGCUCCUUGAAGAGCAGAAAUCAAGAGCUCAUUUCGGUCUCAGCUUGGAUGAAGACUCGUUGCGUUUCCUAGACACCUUUGACCAUCAGGAACAGGUACUGCUUGACGAGCUAGAAUAUGCGGAAUUAGGACUGGAAGCUUUGAAACAGCUCAUGGCAGACGAUGAAGCCCUAGCAAUCUCCAACGAAGCUUUGGAGCGUGAACCGGAUGAGGAUCAAGGCGCCAUGAGGUAUCUUGAGAGGGAGAUGCUGUUGAGCCAUCCCAUUUCCCUCCCUAGCCGGAGAGCGAUGCAAAGCCCGCUCUAUCAAGGGAUUCUGCAUCGCAAAAUCAGAUUGGUAGAUCACCUCCGUGGUCCAGACAUGAUCCCAGUGGACCCUGGCGACUUCGUCAAUGUGUGGCUACUGCAACGGUUACAGUCUUUGCCUCGACUCCUCGGCGAGUACGCCUCACUCACGGAGACACAAUACGCGGAGAUCGAAGAUGAUGAUUUGGAGGAUCUCUUUCUCGAGAAGUGGUUCAAUGACUCCACAGCCGCCGAUUUCGCGAAGCACCGCACAUUUGCGGACCAACAAUCCAUGCAAGCAAAUCUCGCAGAGUCGGGAAAUCUGGAGCAGCGAAGCCUUUCUGCCGUGCCUGUCCGCCCGACGUCUAUACCACUGCUGAGGCUGGGCGAUUCCACGACCGCAAAAGACAUAAUUACACAGGCGAUGCAGGCACAAGGCAUAUUGUCUCCACCUCUGUCUGACACAUAG